AUGGGGUCUCUGCUCCUCCUCAUGUUGCUGCUUUUGCUGUCGCCCUCCUACCCGCGAGGCGGGAGCGCGCGGAGGCGCCGGAGUGCGCGGACGCAAGGCCCGGGAGGCCCCUCUCCCGCGACCCCGGAGACCUCAGCGCCCUUCUGGGUGCGCAUAAGCCCCGAGCUCAAGGCCGUGCCGCCGGGGGGCUCAGUGUGGCUCAACUGCAGCAGCAGCUGCCCCCUACCGGAGGGUUCCAGCCUCCGCACCGAGCUGCGGCGAGGCGACACGCUCAGUGGGCCCGGUUGGGUAUCCUACCAGCUGCUGGAUGUGAGGGCCUGGAGCUCCGAUGUGCACUGCUUCGUCACCUGCGCGGGAGAAACGCGGGGGGCCACCGCCAGGAUUACCGCCUACAAACAGCCACGCAGCGUGAUCCUGGAGCCUCCGGUCUUAAUGGGCAGUGAGUACACUCUGCGCUGCCAUGUGACACACGUGUUCCCCGUGGGCUUCCUGGUGGUGAUUCUGAGGCGCGGUGGCCGGGUCAUCUACUCCGAGAGCCUGGAGCGCUUCACCGGCCGGGAUCUGGCCAACGUGACGCUGACUUACGCGUUACGCGCCAGGCCCAGUGACUUCGGGCAGCCCGUUACCUGCUACGCCCGCCUCAAUCUCGAUGGCCUGGUGGUCCUCAGUAGCUCGGCACCCAUGACGCUGCCAGUCCUCGCUUGGAGCCCUGCGUCCAAAGCCUUGGCCUCCACCUCCAUCGCAGCCCUUGUGGGGAUCCUUCUUGUAGUGGGGGCCCUCUGCCUGAGAAAGUACCUAUCGAUGAAGUCUCGGGCAUAG